AAAGGGAAGUAAAAGAGACAGGCGAUGUGACGGCGCGUGAGAGAAAGUGCGGUGAAAUGGAGGGGGGAAGGGCGACUGAGGCCGAGGGUAGAGAAGAGAGACUUGCCUUGCCUUGUGUUGCGUUACAUGAAGUCAUAAACUUUGUAAAGAGAGCAAAAAAGCGUCUGCAUACUGCAGCAGUGUAGCCGUUGCAAUUCUUGAAGAAGAAGAAGAAGAGAGAAUUUAUUACCCAUUACGCCAUUAACACAACACGACAAAAUCACCCACCAAAAUAAUAUAUUAAUCUGACCAAAAAUUGAAACAACCUCAAUAAAAUAAUGUAAACCAAAUAAAAAAAUUACUUCCUUUUUCUUUGAAGUAGCAGAAUUAAUGAUGAUGCUGGUAGUGGAGAGGUAAUGGUAGUGAGCUGAAAAGACUAAACCUUUUUCUCAGAAGGUCACUGAUGUGCAAGCACGUUAACAUAUAGCAGCAAAGAUUUCUUCUUAGCACUUUCAAAAUCUCUCCCGGCUCCUUUUAUAAGUCAGGAUGCAUUGAAGUUUGAAUGGUAGGUUGCCGUAAUGCAAACCUUGCAUAAAAAGGAUUGUGUGUUAAGUUCUCAUUUGACAUGCACGAACGUAGUUGGCUGCUCAUCUUGGGUCAACUCAAUGGAAUCUCAUGUCCAGCAAUCAUCCAUGUCUGAAAGUUUAAACUUGAAGAUGGGAAUUGUACCUCAACACUUCCAUAACUCCAAGCAGCUAAGUUUUCAAUUUCAAGACCAGGACUCAUCAUCAACUCAAUCAACUGGCCAAUCUUACCCUGAAGCGGCUAGUGUUGGAGAUAGCAAUCUUUAUAGGCAAAGUUCAAUUUCAGCAUCAUCAGGAGGUAAUGAAACUCCCGGGAAGCUUGUUGAACAUCAUGCUAAAUUAGCCUCCUCAAUGGGAACCCAGGAAUAUGUCUUCUCUCCUUCACAAGUUGACUAUAGCAAAUCAAUUCAGGCUCAUAUUCCCCUUCAUUACGCUGAACCGUAUUUUGGUGGUGUUGUGACUGCUGUUUGCCCACCUCAAGCUAUGAUUCAUCAUCCUUGUAUGCUAGCAAUGCUUCCUGCUCGAGUUCCACUUCCUUUGGAGCUUACAGAAGAUGAAACUAUUUACGUUAAUGCAAAGCAGUAUGGGGCUAUUCUCAGGCGAAGACAGUAUCGAGCAAAGCUUGAGGCUCAGAAUAAACUGAUCAAAGUUCGAAAGCCCUAUCUGCAUGAGUCUCGACAUCUUCACGCUUUAAAAAGGGCUAGAGGAAAUGGCGGGCGAUUCCUGAACACAAAGAAACUCCAAGAAUCCAAGCCGAUUCCAACAAGCCAUGGACUUGAUGCAUCAAGGUCUCCUCAGCUACAUUUGUGUGCUAACAUGUCGAAUCAGCUGGAAAAUUACAAAGACGCUGCUUCAACUACUACUUGCUCUGAUGUCACUAGUGCCUCCAACAGUGAUGAAAUGCUACAGCAGCCAGAUUUCAGGUUCUCUGGCUAUUCUUCUCUCAUUGCUGGAGCCACGCGGGGGAGUGGUGGGAACCUCCAUCAUCUUUCUGGUUGCGGCUGAUAGAUUAUGGUGGGAGCACUGCAGUCCGGUGCUUCAAUGAAAGAUACGGCUGCUUUGUUCCGGUGGGAAGUCAUCCUUGGCUCAGUUUGUUUAUUUUUAAUAAUAGACUUGACUGUUACAAAAGCAUGAACGUGAAGUUAUUUGUUGGCAGAACUUGAUUGCUAUUUGGUGUUUAUGUUUGACAAAAAUUCAUGCCUUGGUUGCUCAUAAUAUUUACCAACUCUUAAUCAA